AUGGAGUCAAAUCUUCAGCAUCAUCAGCAUCAACAGCAGCAGAUGAACUCCAGCUUGAUGCGCUACAGAUCUGCACCCAGCUCAUACUUUUCCAAUUUCAUUGAUGGAGAAGACUGUGAAGAGUUCCUACAGCACAGGCCUUCAAGUCCUGAAACUGAGAGAAUUUUCUCUAGGUUCAUGUCCAGUGGCGGGACAGAAGAUUCAUCUUCUCAUACUGUUAUGAAUACGAGGCAGAAUUCUCAGGCAAUGGCGCCAGAAUCAGUGGUAGUUGUGAGCCAGCAGAAUCAGUUUAUGGCGUCGAUGAAGCACGGAGCGGAGGUUCUUCAGCAGCAGCAGCAGCAGAAUGGUUAUGCUUCUGGUUUGCAAAUGAUGUAUCAGACUUCAUCACCUAUGCCACAUCAUAAUUCAGCAGCUCCUGGUCCAGUGGAGAAUUCUUACAGUGCGGUUUCUUCAAUGGGGAUGGAUCAGUCGCAGCAGAUGAAGAUUGGUGGAGGCAACAAUUCGAAUCUUAUUCGACAUAGUAGCUCACCUGCAGGACUGUUCUCCCACCUAAAUGUUGAAAAUGGCUAUGCUAUAAUGAGAGGCACGGGCUCCAUCACGGACUCGCGCUACACCACAGCUGCCAGUUAA